AUGGAUGUUGUAACAACCACUACUGAAAAAUCUAUUGAAAAUCCUAAGGAGAUUGAGAAAGAUCCACUGACACCACCCGAAAGGGAGGUUGUCGAAGAGGUAGAGAAGGAAGCACCAUAUGUUGUUCCUCCUCCAUACAAAUCACCAAUUCCUUUCUCGCAAAGGUCUGUGGAAGUUAAGGUAGACUCCCUAUCCGAAAGCUAUAACAACAAUCGUCUUUCAAUGCCAAUUACACAAAUUAGAUCUGAUUUUCUCACAGAAAUAGAAAAGACAAUCUUAGAAACAAGGGAUCAAGAAGGAAAGCCGGUCGGUUUAAAAGUGAUUGUGUUAGAUCCUUGUUUUAACGAAUUCUCACUAUCUUUGAAGAAGUGGAAUAUGAACACGACUAGUGUUUACAAUCUUGUUCAAGAUUGGUCACCUGUAUUAUUGGAGAAUAAUUUUAAAGAGAAUCAAAAACUUGAUAUUUGGUCAUUUAGGGUCAACGAUAAGUUGUACUUUUUACUCGACACUAAGAUGCAAGAAAUUGAAAAAAGUGGGGAAAAGUCGAAGAAUUCAAUUGAUCUCAAAAAUGAAAGAUCGAAGAAAUCAAAGGACGAGAAUUGUGAACUCCAACCAGAAAGAGUUUGA